AUUCUUUUGUUAACAGUCAGGAAUGGACCCUGAGCCGCUCAGUUCCAGAUUUGAAACUGGGAAUCCUAGGCAGUGUUCAGAGUGGCAAAUCAGCCUUGGUACACAGAUAUCUGACUGGUUCCUACAUGCAGGAGGAGUCACCUGAAGGUGGAAGAUUCAAAAAGGAAGUCAUCAUUGAUGGCCAGAGUUACCUUUUGUUAAUCAGAGAUGAGGGCGGUACUCCUGAAAUGCAGUUCACACACUGGGUGGAUGCAGUCAUCUUUGUGUUCAGUCUAGAGAAUGAGAUGUCUUUUCAAGCAGUCCACAGUCACUAUGCUAAGAUGAGGCAGUACAGAGACACCAAGGAGAUUCCUCUCAUCCUUGUGGGAACUCAAGAUGCCAUUAGUGAGAGCAACCCACGGAUAAUUGAUGACACACGGGCCAGGAAACUGGCCAAUGAUUUGAAGCGAUGCUCAUAUUAUGAAACCUGUGCUACUUAUGGGUUGAAUGUAGAGAGAGUUUUUCAGGACGCAUGCCAGCGGAUUGUUCAGAUGCGUUACCCCAGCACCCCGUCGGGAGUAUCUGCAGCAGUGCCCUCAACCCCCAACCACUCGCAGAGGUCUUUCUAUGUCUCCCAGACCAGCGGCAGCAAGCCCAGCGACACCCACAGUGUGAGCAGCCACUCCACCAGCAGUUCUGGGACCCUGGUGACCACUGGUCACUCUCGGGCCAGUCCACCUCCUCCACCGCCAAAGGAAAAGGAAGGUCGAGAGGUCAAGCUGGAAAAAUCUGAGAAGAAGAAGGACAAGCAGCAUCACAUGACCCAGCCAAUCAUCUUAGUCCCACCCACACAGCAACCGCCGCAGGUGCCAUCCAACCCACCUCCGCAACCCAUAACCCAACUGCAGGAUCAAAUCGAUGCCCAGGCUUAUGAUAGGCUGCAUCCUGAGGAAACAGUGAGUUGCACUCCGCUUGCCUUGCGCAAAAACAAAAAAUCAUCCUCCGUCCAAAAAUCAAAUUCUUUCAGCGGUGCCACAGAGCUGAGGAAUGACCUACAGAGCCACCAGCCAGCCGCCAACUUUUUAGCUUGGAAGAACAAACAGUUUUUCAAACCAAACUUUCUCAGUCCUAAAUCAAAAGAGGAAGAAAAGAAACAGGCAGCAGAUGGAGAGAAAGUGGGAAGUGGACGAACUAUUCCAGUAAAACAGGGUUGGUUGUAUAAAAAGAGCCACGGAUUAAACAAGGAGUGGAAGAAAAAAUAUGUUGCCUUGGUGGAUGAUGGGAGAUUGGUCUACCACUCAAAUAUACAUGAUUACAUGGAGGACACACAUGCUAAAGAAAUUCCACUUGUCAGAACCACUGUCAAAAUACCAGGUAUGCGACCUCGUGGGUCAAGGGCGGUCUCGGGUGGGAUCGCCACCAAUGGAGACAUGAACAACUCUAUAGCGUUUGAUGUGCCCGCUGAUGGUCAGAUUGACAAUUCGUUGGUCAUUCCCAACACUUCCACCACCACAGUGAUCCCUGAACAACCACGCACCCGCCCUGAACGGUCUCCGAUGUUACCAAAGUUAGGCAUUAACAGUUCCAGUCGAGAUACCCCAAAUGUGAAGAAACGGCACCGGCGCGCCAAGAGUAGUGGUAUUAAAAAUUCAAACCCAGGAGACGGUGACGAUUCUGAUGGCUAUGAAUUUGUGAUUGUCUCACUGGAAAAUAAACAGUGGCAUUUUGAGGCCCAGAGUGGGGAAGAUCGUGAUGGUUGGGUAGAUGCCAUAGAGCAGCAGAUAUUGUCUAGUCUACAGGCAAAUGAUGCUGGCAAAAAUAAAAAACUGAAUAAUUGUGACAGAGCAGGAAUCCAAGCCAUACGGUGUACAAGUGGCAAUAAUGCUUGUGCUGACUGUGGUGCCCCCAGUCCAGACUGGGCCAGUAUAAACUUAGGUGCUUUAAUAUGUAUUGAGUGUUCAGGGAUACAUCGCAAUCUAGGGACUCACAUAUCCAGGGUUCGAUCGCUUGAUCUCGAUCAGUGGCCAAAUGACAUAGUUAAAGUGAUGGUGUCAAUAGGCAACGGAACCGUCAACAGUGUCUGGGAGGCAAAUACUAAAGGUCGGCCUAAGCCCACACCAAGCUCUCUGAGAGACGAAAAGGAGAAGUGGAUUCGGACAAAAUACGAGGCAAAAGAAUUUCUACCACCUUUACCUUACAUAGAUAUUCCAAUUAACCAGCAACUCAUUGAUGCUCUGGUCCGUGAAGACAUCAGAAAUAUCAUCAUCAUCCUUGGCCAUGCUGAACCUGAGGAUAUUAAUGCCCCCUACAGCAAAGAUGACGGCCGAACAGCUCUCCACAUAGCAGCAGCUCUUGGCAAUGUUGUCUUUGUUCAGUUGUUGUUAUGGUAUAAUGCCAAUGUCAACGUUGUGGACCACGAGAAUCGCAAUGCCUUCUGGUAUGCCAGAAGUUCUGGCUCUUCGGAAUGCACCGAGCUGCUGGCAGCCAAUGGGUGUGUGGAGCACCCUACGUUACCACGGCGACGAGGCAGCUCCCAGCCUGGCAAAAAUGAUGUGUUUGAUAAGCUGCCUGCCAGUGUCAUUUAA